UGAGCCGUUUCCCGUGUUUUUCCGGUUGAUUUACGGCUGCACUGCCGGUGGAGCGGAGGAGAGACAGCCACCGAAAGAAAAGCGAGAGACAGCGGGGGAGCAGGGAUUCACAUUAAGCGGUCGGUGAACUCGGACUGAGCGGCGGGGAGGUCUCGGUUUUGUUUGAGAUUAACGACGCUUGGUCCUCGUAACGACGGCGGAUGGGUACCUCUCCGUGAUCCGGAGCACCUCGUAGCCUCACUGCACCCCUUGUUUGAUCCCUUGAGAAGGAAACGGGCGCAUCCUCUCGGAGAUAACAAUGUUCCCCCAGGGGCGACACCCGGCGCCCCACCAGGCUCCAGGCCAACCCUUCAAGUUCACCAUCCCAGAGUCACUGGACCGCAUCAAGGAGGAGUUCCAGUUUCUUCAGGCGCAGUACCACAGUCUCAAGCUGGAGUGUGAGAAGCUGGCCAGUGAAAAGACUGAGAUGCAGAGACACUAUGUCAUGUACUACGAGAUGUCUUAUGGCCUCAACAUCGAAAUGCACAAACAGACUGAGAUUGCCAAGAGACUAAACACCAUCUGUGCACAAGUCAUCCCCUUCCUCUCACAGGAGCAUCAGCAGCAGGUGGUCCAAGCUGUGGAGCGGGCCAAACAGGUGACCAUGGCAGAGCUUAAUGCUGUCAUCGGGGUACGUGGACUGCCAGGUCUUCCACCUACACAGCAGCAUCUGUCCCACCAUGGCGGUGGUGCCCCUGUGCCCCUUACUCCCCACCCUGCAGGCCUCCACCCCUCUCAGCUAGGUGGUUCAGCCGGUCUUCUGGCCCUCUCAGGAGCACUUGGUGCAAUUCCUCCUCAUCUUAUGGGAAAAGAUGGUGGUGAUAAAAAGCCCCACCUGUCUGGACCAGACUCUCACCCUGCAGGACCUGAGCACCUGAGAGACCGAGAGCCCGGCACAAGUAACUCAUUGCUGCCAGAAAGUCUUAGGAACUCAGAUAAGCGACGCAAUGGACCUGAUUUUUCAAAUGACACCAAAAAACGCAAAGUGGAGGACAAGGACUCUAGCCACUAUGAUAGCGACGGGGAGAAAAGUGAUGAUAAUUUAGUGGUGGAUGUCUCAAAUGAGGACCCAGCCUCCCCUCGAGGCACGCCCCUACCCUCCCCUAGAGAGAAUGGCCUGGAUAAAGCACGUCUCCUCAAGAAGGAUCCCUGCAGUCCAGCAUCUACUGCAUCAUCAGCGAGCUCCUCCUCCCUCAAGUCCAAAGAGAUGGCAAUGCGAGACAAAGCAGGUACACCUGGACUAAAGUCAAGCACACCCACACCUAGAGGUGAUUCGACUCCUGGUCCAAGCUCAACACCUGGUAUCCGGCCCAGUCUAUCGAAACCCCCCUCCGUGGAGAUACCACAUCCAGCCAGUCUGCGGACUCCUCUAGCUGUGCCAGGCCCAUAUCCGGGUGCGUUUGGUAUGUUGCCCCAUGCAGCAGGCAUGAACGGGGAGCUCGCUGGAGCAGCUGGGGCUGCAGCCUAUGCUGCUGGACUACACAACAUGUCACCUCAGAUGAGUGCUGCUGCAGCAGCCGCUGUGGCUGCAUAUGGCCGUUCACCUAUGGUUGGUUUUGAUCCUCAUCCUCACAUGCGAGUUCCUGGAAUGCCUCCCAGUCUGACAGGAAUCCCUGGCGGUAAACCUGCCUACUCCUUCCAUGUGGCGGCUGAUGGACAGAUGCAGCCAGUUCCGUUCCCACCUGAUGCUCUAGUGGGCCCAGGGAUCCCUCGCCACGCCCGUCAGAUCAACACACUGAACCACGGAGAGGUGGUGUGCGCCGUUACCAUCAGUAACCCCACCCGACAUGUCUACACAGGCGGGAAGGGUUGCGUCAAGGUCUGGGACAUUAGUCAUCCAGGCAACAAGAGCCCUGUGUCGCAGCUCGAUUGUUUGAACAGAGACAACUACAUUCGCUCCUGUCGUCUCCUCCCUGAUGGUCGUACACUGAUUGUGGGAGGUGAGGCCAGCACGUUGUCAAUCUGGGAUUUGGCCACACCUACGCCCAGGAUUAAGGCAGAGUUAACUUCAUCAGCACCAGCAUGCUACGCUCUGGCCAUCAGCCCGGACUCCAAGGUCUGCUUCUCUUGUUGCAGCGAUGGAAACAUCGCCGUCUGGGAUUUACACAACCAGACACUGGUCAGGCAGUUCCAGGGCCACACAGAUGGAGCCAGCUGUAUUGACAUUUCCAAUGAUGGCACCAAGCUGUGGACCGGAGGCCUGGAUAACACUGUCCGCUCCUGGGAUCUGAGAGAGGGACGGCAGCUGCAACAGCACGACUUUACAUCACAGAUCUUCUCUCUUGGCUACUGUCCAACAGGAGAGUGGCUUGCUGUGGGAAUGGAGAGCAGCAAUGUUGAAGUCCUUCAUGUCACCAAGCCCGACAAAUACCAGCUUCAUCUUCAUGAAAGCUGCGUACUCUCUCUGCAGUUUGCUUACUGUGGCAAAUGGUUUGUGAGCACCGGAAAGGAUAACUUACUAAAUGCAUGGAGGACACCCUAUGGAGCCAGCAUAUUCCAGUCUAAAGAAUCGUCCUCAGUUCUAAGCUGCGACAUAUCUGUGGAUGACAAGUACAUCGUCACUGGUUCAGGGGACAAAAAGGCAACCGUUUAUGAGGUCAUCUACUAAAAUAAUGGAAAGAAAGCAAGGACAUUUGUUCUUUUCAACAUAACCAAUACCUUUCCAGACAUUUUCGUGUGGACCUAGAAAUGACAGACAACAGCAAUCUUGAUGGCACAUUCCUUUUUCUGUUACAUCUACUGAGGAGUCACAGAAAGAAGUACAUGCACACAUCCAUUGUGCCUGUAUACAUUGUUCCAUUUGGAGUUGGAGAUUAAUUGGAGCAGUGGGAUGUUAAUGGGAGCAGAAGAAGUGGAUGUGAAUGGGGUUUUUUUUGUUUUUUUUUUUUACUGCUUUCUGCAAAGAACUGCACUUGGACGGGGACCAGACAAUGACUGAACCAAAGGGCCUCUGCGUUUAUUAAACUGGGACCAGCUUUUCUGGAGAACAUCGUACUGAACAUCAGAUAUUAACACACACAGUGUUCUGUGUCACAAUCUUGGGCGGUGACCCUAAAAUGAACAUUGAAACCCGAGGGGUAAACAAAUGGCAAACGUCAAGAGCAAAACUUGGACAGAAGUGAAUAAUGGAGAGACGGCGCAGCAGAGGCAGCUCUAGAUGGACAGAUGGAUGAACAUUUUAAAGACAGCGAAUGCGAAACAUGUUGGUUUAUAUUUUGUUCCAGACAGACAUCGCUCAGAUCCUGUUGAUCUCUCUGAGUCUUUGACCUUAGAACCUCAGCUUGCUGCUCUGAUACGCCUACACUGUCUGAAUCAUGCUAAGUACCUUUGCUGUCUUAACAGUAAGUCCAAUCCUCAUUAACUGCACUGUAGUGGUAGCUGCCCACCUACACACUCAGUACACACACUACUUAUGAUAAAGAAUAUCCUUAACAUGACGGUAAACACAAUAGAUACAGACCAUACUGAAGAUGGGCUAGUUUGAAUCUCCUGAGGCACAGUAAAAAAUAACUUACCAAACCAAAAUAAGUUUCCAAAACAUGAUAAUAUAUUCAAAAUAAUUUUACAGACAGUCUUGACUUUAUUUAAGGGUGGAGUUUCUGAAACACAAACUUCUUUUCUCCUUUUUCCCCCUCCUUUCUCUUAUUCCUAUGAUCCUGGUUAAAAGAACUAAUGAAAUCCUGAAAGGAAACAGGUCUCUGAGAAAAUCCAUUUUUCCUUUUCUAGUGUUUCUUUUUUAACCAAUUACUAUUUUUCUGGACAAACCUGGUCUCAACAAGAUUUGGAAUCUUCAGGAUAUUUAAAGAAAUGCUGAUAGAAAGCUACAUUUGAAAGUAAGAGGAGAAGA